AUGGCCGACUUGCAGGGUCGCAAGAUCUUCAAGGUCUUCAACCAGGACUUUAUCGUCGAUGAGCGCUACAAUGUCACCAAGGAGCUGGGCCAGGGCGCAUACGGCAUUGUCUGCGCCGCGACAAAUGCUCACACUGGUGAGGGUGUCGCCAUCAAGAAGGUCACCAACGUCUUCAGCAAGAAGAUCCUAGCCAAACGCGCCCUGAGAGAGAUCAAGCUGCUCCAGCACUUCAGAGGUCACCGUAACAUCACUUGCUUGUAUGACAUGGACAUUCCCCGCCCGGACAACUUCAACGAAACGUACCUGUACGAGGAAUUGAUGGAAUGCGAUUUGGCCGCUAUUAUUCGCUCCGGACAGCCCCUAACCGAUGCCCAUUUCCAAUCCUUCAUUUACCAAAUCCUCUGCGGUCUCAAAUACAUCCAUUCGGCCAACGUUCUGCACCGUGAUUUGAAGCCUGGAAACCUUCUCGUCAAUGCGGACUGCGAGCUGAAGAUUUGCGAUUUCGGUCUGGCCCGUGGUUUCUCUAUCGACCCGGAGGAGAAUGCAGGAUACAUGACGGAAUAUGUCGCCACAAGAUGGUACCGUGCGCCGGAGAUCAUGCUGAGCUUCCAGAGCUACACGAAAGCCAUCGAUGUUUGGUCCGUGGGUUGCAUUUUGGCCGAGCUGCUAGGUGGUCGGCCCUUCUUCAAGGGCCGUGACUAUGUCGACCAGCUUAACCAGAUCCUCCACUAUCUGGGUACUCCUAACGAGGAGACUCUGAGCCGCAUUGGCUCACCUCGUGCCCAGGAGUACGUUCGCAACUUGCCCUUCAUGCCUAAGAUUCCCUUCCAGCGCCUGUUCCCCAAUGCCAAUCCCGAUGCCCUCGAUCUGCUCGAUCGCAUGCUUGCAUUCGACCCGACAUCGCGUAUCUCGGUUGAGGAGGCCCUUGAGCAUCCUUACUUGCACAUCUGGCACGACGCCUCGGAUGAGCCCACCUGCCCGACGACCUUCGACUUCCACUUCGAGGUGGUCGAGGACGUGCAGGAGAUGCGCCACAUGAUUUACGACGAGGUAGUGCGCUUCCGGGCUCUGGUCCGGCAGCAGUCGCAGGCGCAGGCCGCCGCGCAGCAGCAGCAGAUUGCCCAGCAGACCAAUGUGCCCAUCCCCGACAACCAACAAGGUGGAUGGAAGACGGAGGAACCUAAGCCCCAGGAAGCGCUCGCCGCAGGCGGUGGCCACCACAACGAUCUGGAAUCGUCGCUGCAGCGGGGCAUGGAUGUGCAGUAG